AUGGCUGCAUCCUGGUGCGCCCUCCGUGGCACUCGCCAGCUUGCCCUUCGUACGCGGUUGCGUGCUUCUCCUGCCUCAAUCUCCCUGCGAAAGGCCUCUCCCUCGCCGGUUUUGGCCACUCGCCGUUAUCUCAACACUACCACACAAGCAACGCCAGCUUCACGACGGGCAGUUUAUACCAGCUCCGUAGCUGACCAUGGCGACCCUCAUCCCCGCGAUCUCUUCCAACCCCUCGACACAUUCCCCCGCCGUCACAUUGGCCCCUCACCCGAGGCGGCUCAGGAGAUGCUCUCCGCAUUGGACCCUCCGGUAGCAUCUCUGGAUGAGUUCGUCAAGCAGGUGCUUCCCGCCGAUAUUCUGUCCAAGAAAGACCUCGCAGUCACCCCUCCCAGCGCCGCCAUCAACCUGCCUCGCUCCAGUGUACACGGCGGCUUGGGAGAGACGGAUAUGCUGAAGCUGCUUGAGACCUACCGCAAGCAGAUUGACAUCUCCGGCAAGACAUACCUGGGAACCGGCUACUACCCCACCAUUGUUCCUCCGGUUAUCCUCCGCAACAUUCUGGAAAACCCCGCUUGGUACACCAGCUACACUCCCUACCAGCCUGAGAUCAGCCAGGGCCGUCUGGAGUCACUUCUGAACUUCCAGACCUUGACCGCCGACCUGACCGGCUUGCCAUUUGCCAAUGCCUCCGUCCUGGACGAGGCCACCGCCGCUGCCGAGGCCAUGACCAUGUCUCUGGCCACCCUCCCCAUGGCUAAGCAGAAGAAGCCCGGCAAGGCGUACGUGGUGUCUGAUCUGUGCCACCCUCAGACCAUUGCGGUCAUGCGGUCUCGCGCUGAGGGAUUCGGAAUCAAUCUGGUGGUUGGUGACAUCAUGGCGAACGACUUUGAGCUGGUCAAGAAGCAAGGUGACAACCUCAUUGGUGUUCUCGCGCAAUACCCCGACACCGAGGGUGGUGUGUACGAUUUCCAGGCCCUCAGCGACAGCAUCCACGCCGCUGGUGGUACCUUCAGCGUUGCUACCGAUCUGCUGGCUUUGACACUCCUCAAGGCUCCCGGUGAGUUCGGUGCGGAUAUUGCGUUUGGUAACGCCCAGAGAUUCGGUGUCCCCAUGGGAUUCGGUGGUCCUCACGCCGCUUUCUUUGCCUGCGCCGACAAGUACAAGCGGAAGGUUCCUGGACGUGUCGUCGGUGUGUCCAAGGAUCGUCUGGGCAACCGUGCCUUGAGAUUGGCUCUGCAGACCCGCGAGCAACACAUCCGUCGCGAAAAGGCCACCAGCAACAUUUGCACAGCCCAGGCUCUGCUUGCCAAUAUGAGUGCCAUGUAUGCCGUUUACCACGGUCCGGUUGGCCUCAAGUCUAUCGCCCAGCGUGUCAUGGCCAUGACCUCGACUCUGCAGGAGAAGCUGACUGCCUUGGGUUACAACGUUCCCGUCAAGGGCGGCGCUGUUUUCGACACUCUGUCUGUCGAAUUUGCGAGCAGCCAAGAGGCUGACGCCCUGAUUGCGGCCGCUCGGGAGCAGAACAUCUUCCUCCGCCGCGUGUCUUCCACCAAGGUCGGUAUCUCUCUUGAUGAGACCGUUGGCCGCGAAGAGGUCAAGUCUCUGCUGCAGGUCUUCUCCAAGCACGCCGGCAAGGGUGAGGUUGAGCUCGCUGAGGAGAUUGGCAUCAAGUCCAUUCCCCCUAACCUGGAGCGGACCUCAGCCUACCUCACCCACCCCGUGUUCAACACGCACCAUUCCGAAACCGAAAUGCUGCGGUACAUCCGCCACCUCGAAUCGAAGGAUCUGUCUCUCGCGCACUCGAUGAUUCCUCUUGGCUCCUGCACGAUGAAGCUCAACGCAACCACCGAAAUGAUCCCCGUCUCCUGGCCCGAGUUCUCCCAGAUGCACCCCUUCAUGCCCGCCGACAGGGCCAAGGGGUACACGCAGAUGAUUGACGACCUUGAACAGCAGCUCGCCGAGAUCACCGGCAUGGCCGAGAUCACCGUGCAACCCAACUCUGGUGCUCAAGGCGAGUUUGCUGGUCUGCGUGUCAUCAAGAAGUACCUUGAAGCCAAGGGAGACGAGAAGCGCAAUAUCUGUCUGAUCCCCGUCUCGGCUCACGGCACCAACCCCGCCAGUGCUGCGAUGGCCGGUAUGCGUGUAGUCUCGAUCAAGUGCGACACCAAGACCGGCAACCUGGAUCUGGCCGACCUCAAGGCCAAAUGCGAGAAACACAAGGAUGAACUUGCAGCCAUCAUGAUCACCUAUCCCAGCACCUUUGGCGUGUACGAACCGGGUGUCAAGGAGGCCUGCGAGAUUGUCCACCAGCACGGUGGCCAGGUCUACAUGGACGGCGCCAACAUGAACGCGCAGAUUGGUCUGUGCUCUCCCGGUGAGAUUGGUGCCGAUGUGUGCCACUUGAACCUGCACAAGACCUUCUGCAUUCCCCACGGCGGUGGUGGCCCUGGCGUGGGUCCCAUUGGUGUUGCGGAGCACCUGCGACCUUUCCUGCCUUCGCACCCGGCCAGCGAAUAUCUGCAGUCCAAGCGUGGAGAGACCUCUUCGCCCCCCAUCAGCGCUGCUCCUUGGGGUAGCGCCAGCAUUCUUCCUAUUACCUUCAACUACAUCAACAUGAUGGGUGCCAAGGGUUUGACUCACGCCACCAAGAUUACUCUCCUGAAUGCCAACUACAUCCUCUCCCGUCUCAAGCCCCAUUACCCCAUUCUUUACACCAACGACAACGGCCGCUGCGCCCACGAGUUCAUCCUCGAUGUGCGCAAGUUCAAAGAUACCUGCGGUAUCGAGGCCAUCGAUAUUGCCAAGCGUCUGCAGGACUACGGCUUCCAUGCCCCCACCAUGUCCUGGCCUGUGGCCAACACUCUCAUGAUUGAGCCUACCGAGUCGGAGAAUAAGGCGGAGCUGGACCGGUUCUGUGAUGCGCUCAUCUCCAUUCGCAAGGAGAUUGCGGCCGUUGAGAGCGGCGAGCAGCCCCGUGAGGGUAACGUCCUCAAGAACUCCCCUCACACGCAGCGCGAUCUGCUGUCCAGCGAGUGGAACCGUCCCUACUCGCGGGAGGCUGCGGCGUAUCCUCUUCCGUAUUUGGUGGAGAAGAAGUUCUGGCCCUCGGUGACCAGAGUAGAUGAUGCAUACGGUGAUCAGAACCUGUUCUGCACCUGCGGCCCGGUGGACGAGACGGACUAA